CUCAAUUUUGUGUUCGCUGAAAAGACCCUGUAGUGAAUAUAUUGAUAACAAGUGAGAGUGAGGGGAAAUUUGAUAGUCUGAUUGUAAUAGCCUGCCCGCCCACUAGUGUUGGACGUACACAUUGUGAUUGUUUGCGUGGUGCUUUUGUGAUUGAAACGAAAAAACGACAACGGACACGAACUCCUGGUGAUGUUGGUGUUGAGUGACCUGGCUUGACGGAACUUGCCACCUCUGGAUUCGUGACUGACUGUGGUGACGGUCGUGCGAGAUGACUCCUGUGGCUGUCCAUGAACGGAAACAAUGAGGAACUUGUGUGGACUGAAUUUGACUUCAAGGUGCUUGAGGAUGUUUUUGGAGUGAUUUGUGCGUGAAGAUUUUCUAAUUUCGUGAAUAGUGUGCGCGUAAACAAAAAAACGAAAGAAAGAGAAGAAAAAAACAAAGUGGAUCAGGGAGUGCCUCACGAUUGAAAUGGAUGGUGUACCAAAGAAGGAGAGAGAAGCAGUGCUAAUAUAUGGAUGCCCAUGGAUGGAACUUGGCCGAAAUGUGCCAGCGCUAUCAUCACGCUGUACCGGGAGGAGCGGCGGCUCAAAAUUCCCCAGCUAGGGACCCAAUUCAGGGCCUCUCAACUGCCUCCCACCUCAAUCAGCCCAGUCCUUCUUACUCUCAUUAUACGAUGCUGGAUAAUUAUGAACGGGGGGAAGUGACACCGCCACCGGUCAGUAGUUACGGAAGUACACCAGGACUUUUGGCACUGCACUCCUCUCUCUAUGCGACGCCAACUUCUCGAGCGUUUGACAUCGAUUCUAACAUCGAUGGUAGCGAGGGCUCAAUGCCGAUCGACACUCAGAUUAUACCGAUUCCAGGCAUGCUGAGCGGGCCAGGACAGCAGAGAUUAGACGACAUGUCUUGGCUGGCGUCCGGGACGUCGCUGGAUUACCAGCAGGGCAUUUCGGCAAUGCCAGCUGGCGUUAAAAUGUGCCAUCCUGGCAAUUCCGCUCAAAGAAGUCUGAAGGAGCAGCGCAUUCGACGACCGAUGAACGCCUUCAUGGUCUGGGCAAAGGUCGAGCGCAAGAAAUUGGCUGACGAGAAUCCCGAUCUUCACAAUGCCGAUCUCAGCAAAAUGCUCGGAAAGAAAUGGCGAGGACUGACGCCACAAGACAGAAGGCCCUAUGUGGAGGAGGCCGAGAGGCUGAGGGUGAUUCACAUGCAGGAGCACCCGAACUACAAGUACCGGCCGCGUCGGAGGAAACACGCAAAAAGGGCCCCCGGGGCCCCCUCCUCACCUCCGUCGGCGACAAACGCCCCUGGCAGUAGGAGCAACCCCAACACCGCCGCCAUCCAUCAUUCCAUGUCGAAAAUGGAGAGCUAUCAGGGAAUGUCCCAGAUGGCCUGGGGUGGACAUUCGCCGAUUUCUUCCCUCUAUCAUCCCCAACAGCAGCAGAGUCUAUCUGAAUUCAAAUCGGAGAAUAAUUCCAUUUACGGAAGUCCCUACACGCCCAUCAUUCACACACCGGACAUCACUCCUGUUGCUAGUCCCGAGCCUGAUGCGGAUGGACACAUUUCAUCGUCCCAAAAUCAGGAUCAGGAUCGGGACAUGAUGGAAGGCACAUCGAAGCAACACAGUGAGAUUUCCGAGCAGACGAAGCGCUAUUCCUUUAUGAAUGAGAGCCAAAUGCAUCCGUCACACAGUGGAGUGAGCAUAUCUUCCUGUCCAAGUGCUGGGGGCUAUACGGACACCUUAACUUACAAGAAGGUGAGUUAUUUAAAUUUCGAGAGGCAAAGUUCAAGCAUAGCAGCCGUGGGAAUUGCAAAUGGGAUGAUGGUCUCCUGCAACAAAUUGAGAUCCGGAUUUGAAAACGUUGGAUCGGUCACGGGGACUUUUUAUCCUCCGGUCGCUUCUCCUCACGAUCAGUCUAUUCACUACAGUAACGCUCCGCCAUCAAAAUCAAAUUACUCGAUGCAAUCUGGAGUCGAUAGUGGAUAUAAUAUUCAGUGCAACAGGCAACCGAACCUGGGUUUGCGAGUCAGUGAGGGCUGCUCUGCAGGCGUUUCGCACAGAUAUCAACUCCAGCAUCAUCAGGAUUAUCAGGAGAGUGGUUCCACCCAGCAGCAACAACAAGUCCCGAUGUCCCAUAUGGAGACGAAUCUGCAUGACGAUGGCGAGGAGCAAAAUCUUCAGUUGGACAAAUACUUCAAAUACACACAACCAUCGACAGUCGGUCACUCGAGUCUCACUACACAGAAUCUCCUCGACAGUAAUCACAACUACGCGAGCGAUUUGCGUUACUAUUCGCCUCAGCAGUCACAUCUCGACUUAUCGAGUUCCCAGUGCAUUAUCGAUGAACCGAAUAAAGACAGUCAAUGCUCGAGUGUUUCAGGCAUAACUCACAUGGAGCAAACGUAUCAUCAGGGCGUUGAUGUCACCAAGUAUCAAGAACAUCCGCAAACUCAUCAUCACCAUCAGCAACAGCAGCAGCAACAACAACAACAACAACCGCCACCACAACAGGUUCAAAACAUGGAACAUCCCCCAAAAUCGGACGAUGAUUUCAGUGUAAUUCUUGCGGAUGUUCGAAAAACUUGUUACAGUAGUUAGUUAUUUUCUGUUUCCCUUAAUACUUCUCCGUAAAACGAUAUUUCUAUUUUUAUGGACUCUGUUAUAAAUUGAAUCGUUUCUGAAUUUUCAUUCAGUUUUAGUUAUUUUAUUGAAAGAAUUUAUCGAGUUUUGACAAAUCAGUUUUUUAUUUUACCGACUGCUGGUAGAAAAUUAAUCGAACGCAAAGCAUGAGUUAAAAAAGGACAUAUAUUUCAACUAAUUUUUGCCUCAGCAAUCUGCUUCCAAAUAAAUGAAGGAAAAAGUAUUCGAAAUUUUGUUACGAUUUAGUUUUCUAAAGCAACCACCUUUCUUUUGAAACCAUUACUGAUGAUCCUAAUAUCACUGGUCGACAAAAUUAAGGUUUCUUUUUGCUACAAGAAUAAACUAUAGUAAUUUUUAUAGGAUUUUUGACGUAGAUUACGAAUCUGUGAGUGAAAUUGUAUCACGUCUCAAUUUUGAGAAAAACGGGGUUGAAGUAUUCGAAAUUUUGUUACGAUUUAGUUUUCUAAAGGAACCACCUUUCGUUGAAAGCACCACUGAUGAUUCUUAUAUUUGAAGCAGGUCAGAAAUCCGACUCCUAAAAAAAUGCAUUUCGUUUAUAAAACAGAACUAAAUGUAUAUAUUUGUGGCUUAAUAAACCAUUAGACUACAAAUAUAAAUUAUAAUAUUACUGGCUAUUAAAAUUCUUCGCCACCUCUAAAACUUAAUAAUAAAGUCGGUAAGGUAGAAAUCUUUUCCACUGUCGUUAAAUAUUCUCUACCAACAGUCGAUGUUAGUUUGUACUUAUAAAAUUUUAAAUAAUUUUCCGUACAAAAUUUUAUGUUUUGAAAAUUUGUAAAGUAUGUUACAAAAUACAUUGAUCGACGUUUAUCUAGUGUACAAAUAGAACAGAUAGUAUGUUAAGAGCGGCAAAGAGCCUUAAUUUUUUUUGCAAUUACUUCUACACUUUAGAAUUAUGUGUUUAGGUCCAUCCAGCAGGCAUGUAGUUGAUAAUUCAAAUGAUCUCGAUCGAUGGACUGACCUGCACGACCUGCUCUUCGAUUUCGAGCAGCGAACCUCUAUAAGCCCAACAUUGUUUUUUUCUACUAUUGUACUUAAUAUUUAUAAUCUAAAAAGUGAUAAAAAAUAUAUAAUAACAAUUCAUUACAAAAUAAUAAUCAACUACAUGAAUUAUUAGUUAAAAUUUAUUUUUAAAAUUCUGAUAUGAUAUGUUUUUAUCAAAUAUCAAAAAUUGCGAAAAAUUCACGGUAUUCUUAUAAUCGACAUUCGAUUUCGUAUUUUCAUAUUUCACAUUUUAAAUCGAAAUCAAAAUAAAUAAAAAAUAUAUUUAUAUUUCGAUUAUCGAUAUUAUUUAUAUAAAACGAAUAAAAAAUUAGAGAUAUUGAUCAUGUCAAUGUUUUUUCUAUUACUAUGGAAGGGUGUAUAAUAACAAAAUUGUUUUGAAAGCAAAAAAAAAAAAAAAAAAUUGUUGAAAUAAAAUUUAGCAAAAAUGCGACUGAUAUUGGGAAUCUAUUUUCUAAGACUGGGUGCGUUCACGAUAGAGAAAACGAAUUCGUUCACGUAAGUUAUUUUUAUUAAAUACUUAUAAAAAAUAUGUGUAUAUAAGUUACAUUGUAUGUAAAGCGUAAAUCAUAUUUUAUCGCUACAGAGUACGAACUUGGAGUGACAAUAAAGAUGAGGGAUUGACUCUCAUUUCUAAUAA